AUGAGUUCGCAACAUCUAGAUGCCAGGGUGGGCUGGAAACCCAAGCCCCUCUCAGCCCUUCGUCGUCCUUCCUCACUCCUCAAACCCGCCGACCCCAACCCCAACUCCAACCCCACCGCUCCACCAGACCGAACUACCCCGCAUUACAACAACAAACCUCUCCACCAAAUCCCGAUCACCUACUCAACCAUCGCUGCUCGAGCUCUCUCGUUUCAUAGACAAGUGCUUACCAACGUCACUCCUCUCCAACUUGCUCAAAAUGGCUUGUAUUUCAAGUGCUCUAGAUCUGGAGGAUCAGCGUGCUGUUUUGCUUGCGGAUCGACCAUGCCCUUAUACACGCUCCAAGAUAACCACACCGCGGAGAUGAAAACUCUUCAUUUGGCAGACUGCAUAUGGCAGAUCAUCUGUCGCGAUUUGAAGCAUACUUUCGAAACACCCAACAUUGUCACCCGCUUAGAUACCGCAUCUCCAUCACCUCAACGACCGCCUAUCAAAUCAGUGCCAGCAUCGAUCCCGCCACAUGAACCUUCAACCAUGAACAUUGAUACAGCAUCCGACCAGUUCAGUACGAUACCCGAGCCAGUGCCGCAACAAUCUCAACCGACCUUCUCUUCUGAAGCCUCUCAACCUCCUCAACCUCGCCUCUCAACAUUCCCAGCUACCUCCACACCAAACUCACAACCUACCUAUGCCUCAGUUUUACAACACUCCGGACCUUCUCUACCGAAAUCUACUUCCAAUACCAAUCAAUCCGUACCUUCCCCCAAACGCACACUCACAAUCGAGGACCUUUACCGCCGUUUCCACAACAAACCAUCACCAUUCCAACUCAGCAAGAAAACCAGCAAAAGCUCAGCUCGUCGAGCUCGCAACAAAAACGUAUCUGCGACACAAUCUCUAACCAGGUUUUUAAUCUCAGCCUUGCCAGCAUUUUCGAAACUCCUAGCCGAGAUGCAGCCAGCCGCGGACAAUUGUUGGCCGCCUUAUCUAGGAACCCAUUACAGCCGCGCCGUAAGGGCAGCCUAA